CAUACCCAUCCUUCUCUCAACCACGUAGAGUAUCUGCCGUACAUCACAAAGACGUACCAAAGUGGCUCCGGUCAAGCUCCUCCUCUACAGUGCUCCUAUCUGGGUGAUAUUCACAGCCUUGCUACUAAUUGCCCCUCUUCGCUACUCAGCCUUGCCGUCCACAGCCUCGAAUAUCAAUACUUACAUUCCCAACGACAAGAUGGGUGAAUAUCGCGCCGUUGCGUACUUUGUCAACUGGGCUAUCUAUGCGAGAAAACAUAGACCUCAGGAUCUUCCCGCGGACAAGCUUACUCAUGUCCUUUAUGCAUUUGCCAAUGUGAGGCCUGAAUCUGGAGAGGUGUACAUGACUGACAGCUGGAGCGAUGCUGAAAUACAUUGGAGUGGUGACUCGUGGAACGACGUGGGGACCAAUCUCUAUGGUUGCCUCAAGCAGCUCAAUCUCCUGAAACGUCAAAAUCGCUCUCUCAAGAUACUCCUCAGCAUUGGAGGCUGGACAUACUCAUCCAACUUCGCUGCCCCCGCAUCAACCGAAGCAGGGCGUCAGAAAUUCGCUUCGUCGGCCGUGUCUCUCAUCAAAGACUUCGGCUUUGAUGGCAUAGACAUUGAUUGGGAGUACCCGAAGUCUAGCACAGAAGCCCAGCAUUUUGUCCUUCUCCUCAAGGCAUGCCGUGAAGCUAUGGAUGCUUACAGUGCGACGUUGCCGCAUAAGUAUCAUUUCGAACUCACUGUAGCCUGUCCCGCUGGUCCUCAAAAUUACAAUAACAUGGACAUCAGAGGUAUGGAUCAGUACCUUGAUUUCUGGAACCUGAUGGCCUACGACUAUGCCGGUUCCUGGGAUGCUACGGCUGGCCACCAGGCUAAUCUUCAGCCGUCAAGGAGUAAUCCCGGCUCCACACCUUUCAAUACGGAGCAGGCGGUAGGCCAUUACAAGAGACAGGGUGUAGCUGGGAAUAAGAUUGUCAUGGGAAUGCCGCUAUACGGCAGAGCGUUCGAGAAUACAGAUGGCCUCGGGAAGCCAUACCAGGGGGUCGGAGCAGGAACUUGGGAGGCUGGCGUUUACGACUUCAAGGUGUUGCCAUUUGCAGGAGCGCAAGAGCGAUAUGACCAGGAAGCUGGUGCUUCGUAUAGUUAUGAUCCUGCAAAAAGGCAGUUGAUCACGUAUGAUACUGUUGAUAUGGCGUUGAGGAAAGCGGAGUGGAUCAAGAAAGAAGGGCUUGGAGGAGCCAUGUGGUGGGAAAGUAGCGCUGACCGCAGUGGAGAGCAGAGCUUGAUCAGAAACGUGGUAGGGGCCCUGGGCACGAUGGAAAAUAGCCCAAAUUGCUUGGAGUACCCGGGAUCCAAAUACGAUAACUUGAGGAACGGAUUUCAGGGGUAGUAAGAAGAGUAGGCGGCGGCCAGUGCUCUCGAAAACAUUGAAGGGAAUCACAUUGGCCAACUUUCUCACACUCUGGCUUGUUUUAGAAAUCGAAAUAAAAUAAAACUCUGGUUAUUACUGGGUCUAGCUGAAUCCACGCAGUUAUUAAAUUGCACUCGGGAGUCGAACUUCAGAAUUGAGUUACCAAACACAGGCUAGUAAUAGAGGUUGAACUUUCAU